CGAGAACUUGAACUUCGAGCACUUCCCAGUCGACCCAACCAGCACUUCGGCAUGGCCUUCAAUAUUGAGGUGCCUGGAGAGGCAGCACCCCUCACGCCACAGCAGGUUUACCUAGCAUUACAGUCUGCGGGUUCCUCCCAACAGCUCAGCAUCCAAACUGGAACCCAACAAUUGCAGACUUGGGAGACUCAGAAGGGCUAUUAUUCGUUACUGCAGGCAGUAUAUCUUGACAAAUCUUUACCUUCCGAAAUUCGAUAUCUUGCAAUUAUCCAACUAAAAAAUGGCAUCGACAAGUACUGGCGAAAAACCGCGACGAACGCGAUAUCUGCUGAAGAGAAGGCAGCUAUGCGCUCCAAUAUACUCGAGGGAGGCAUCGGAGAAGUCGAGAACAACCUCGCCUUGCAGAAUGCCCUGGUGCUUGCCAAGGUUGUUCGUAUAGACUUCCCUCUCGAGUGGCCCGACGUCCUCACAAGCUUGAUCAAAAUCCUACGGGCCGCAAAUCACUCCAACCAGUUACAUCUGCGAAGGGGAAUGUUGAUGUUACUACAAGUGAUCAAGGAACUCUCGACGGCGAGACUGCGAACCUCUCAAACCCGUCUUCAGUCUGUCACACCCGAGAUUGUUUUCCUCCUCAGUGAAAUAUAUAACGAGAAAGUUGCAAUCUGGCUCUCAUUCUUGAAUGGCAAUGGCGAAGAUGAAGGAGGAGCUAUGGAUGCAAUGGAGAACAGUCUCUUUGCCAUCAAGAUUCCGAGACGAUUGUUGAUCUCAGGAUACGAGUACCCUCAUCAUUCGACCGAUGUUCAGCAGCUAUGGGAGCACUCGCAACUACAAUUUGGUCAAUUUCUGGACAUGACAACCCGCGAGCCACCAAUUAUUGUUUCCCCUGCGAAAGAUUUUGUCGAGAAACAUCUGCUACAAUUUUCGAAAUUGCAUACUCUGAUGUCGAACCGGCAUCCAGCAUCAUUUGCACUUCUACCAAGCUCUCUGGACCUUGUUCGAGCAUACUGGGGUUUAGUAGCAAAGUUUGGAGAGUCUUAUGGGUCUGAAACACAAGACUUCAGUGCCAAGGCCUUACGGAAAGACGAUUCGAUGAAGGAUGCACGACCUGUGAUGGAGAAACUAUGCCUCAAAGGCCUCAACAUUAUGAGAGCUUGUGUUAAAAUGGUUUUCAGCCCUGCCCAGUCCUUUAAGUAUCGAUCAGCAGAGGUCAAACAAGAGCAACAAGACGCCGCUGCCCUGGUUAAGAGCCAACUUCUCACAGAUCAACUUGUCGGCGAAAUGGCGAGCACAAUCGUCACCAAGUUCUUCAUCUUCCGCCAAGUCGACCUCGAGGAGUGGGAGGAAGAUCCAGAUGAAUGGAAGAUCAGGGAAGAAGGCGGCGGCGAUACCUGGGAGUUCGAAGUUCGACCGUGUUCAGAAAAACUUUUCAUGGAUCUCGUCAUCAAUUACAAGCAUCUUCUUGUCGAGCCUCUGUUGUCGUUCUUUCAGUCUGUGGCGGGAACAGGUCAAAGCAACGUGGUCACGAAAGACGCAGUCUACACAGCGAUGGGUCUGUCGGCUUCGGUUGUUCACCACAGUUUUGACUUCGAUUCAUUCUUAACUUCGACUCUUGUCAAUGAUGUCCAGCAAACUGGGCCUGGCUAUAAAGUACUUCGCCGUCGCAUUGCAAUUCUCCUUGGUCAGUGGAUCACCAUCAAGAUUUCCGAAGCAAAUAGGCCUCUUGUAUAUCAAAUCUUCCAGCAUCUCUUGAAAACAGAGGAUGAGACAAAUGACCAAGUAGUCCGCGUCACAGCUGCGAGACAAUUUAAAGCCGUCGUUGACGACUUUAGCUUUGAUGGCGAAAAGUUCCUUCCAUACGCGCCAGAUAUUCUUGGUAGAAUAAUGGCGUUGAUCCAAGAAGUCGAGAACACCGAGACUAAGAUGGCUAUACUGGACACAAUCAGAAUGAUUGCUCUUCGACUCGAAAGCAGUAUUUCUCAGUUCUCGGAUCAAAUUGUGUCGAUUUUGCCUGGUCUAUGGGAAGCAUCUGGCGAGGAACAUCUGUUGAAGCAAGCUAUUCUCACACUAUUAUCAACAAUUGUUACUGCCAUGAAGGAGCAAUCUCAACGAUAUCAUCCAAUGGUAUUGCCACUUAUUCAACGAGCUGUUGAAGUUGGAUCAGAGAUGCAAGUCUAUCUGAUGGACGAAGCACUCGAUCUCUGGUGCACAAUUCUUGCUCAAACACCAGCGCCAGCUACUCCAGAAAUCAUAUCUUUAGCUGAAUCUGCUUUUCCUCUGCUUGAAAUUGGAUCGGACACCCUACGAAGUGUGCUGGCUAUUGUUGAGUCGUACAUACUUCUUGCACCAGAAGCAAUGCUUGGCAACGUCGUCAGAUUGAGAAUCUUGUCCUAUAUGACUAGUCUUCUGGGCGUCACAAAGCGGGAGCUCGCUGGUCUCGUAGCAACUAUUGUUGAGAAUAUGAUCCGAGCUGCUGAAGCGCUAGGAGGCUCCAACGGAGUCACCCAAAUUGCAAAGGACCUUCACGAAUGCGGCUAUACGGAGAGGGUCUUUGAAGGCCUCAGGGACGCCUGGGAAGCUCAUCAGACUACCGGGCCUGGCCGAAGAUAUCCCAAACUCGAUGAUGUGGUGGAAACCGAUUACUUCACAAUCUUGGCACGUAUAGCUCUGGCAGAUCCGUCCGUUUUUGUUUCAAUUAUGGGAUCUGUAGGUAAUGUCGACGAGGUGUGGAGAUGGUUAAACACUGAAUGGUUCCGUCACUUCGACUGUAUGGCCAAUAUUGAUCGCCAGAAAUUGUCAUGUCUCGCGUUGACUCGCCUUCUCGAAUUGCCUCCCCCAAUGACUCCCGUCAUUUUUGAACGUCUCCAAGAUUACUUCGCGAUGUGGACUUCUGUAAUCGGAGAGAUGAUUGGAGGACGUGACGACGGAGGCGAUAACCUCAUAUGGCUGCCAAGUGAAGGCAACGAGUACGAAGGCCCUGAAGACGUUCGGAAGAGACUACACAGUGCGAGCGACCCUGUUCAUACAAUCCAUACUUACGACUUUGUUAAGGAGAGAUUGAGUCAAGUCGUCGCUGUAUGUGGUGGUGAAGAUGCAUUCCAGAGAGAUUGGGCUGUCAAUGUCGACAAAGAUGUCCUGGCUGGAUUCCAGAACCUCGGUACCAAGACUGAUCAGAGCAGCGCAUUUUGGCGACAGCAAGACUGAAAUUGUGAUGUGAUGAGUUAUGGGAAAUGAAGAUAGAACAAGAUACCCAAGUGAAAUGGCAGGGCUUUGCAUCAUCCAAGAUGUUGUCUC